AUGGAUAUCGAUGAAUUUCUCAACGAUCCUUUCGAGGACGCAUUGCGACCCAGAAAUGCAAAUACACCCGAGGCAGACUUACAAGCUUUAACAAGAGCUUGGAUUAAUGAGCGUGGAGCUCCAGAGAUUCUACCAUGGCCUCCCAACAAUCUUGUCGAACGAGUUACAGAACGAAUCAAGAAGCAAAUCGAGAAGGUGGAGGAAUUAACUGGAGAUAUGGAUCCGAAGACCAAUUUUGGUCUUAUUUGUUUGCAAACUGAGUUGGAGAGGUGGAAGUAUCUAAUCAGAGGAUUGGUCAGAGCCAGAAUCGCAAAGAUUGAUGCGCAUACUUUACACUAUCUGAGCAACGAAGACCUUCGAUCACGAUUAUCGGAAACCGAAAUUGCGUAUGCCACGAGACAUCAACAAUUACUACAUAACCAUUACCUGUCGAGUUUUCUGGGAAGUUUUCCGAGCACACUACAGAAUUUGAAUGAUCAAGCUGGAGGUAUUUCUAUGAUCAGUGGACCGGAUGAAGAUACAGCGGUAUUUGCCAGAGGUACGGGAAGUUAUGAAGAAUUUACUGGUGAUGGUGGUAGCAUAUCUGUUUUGGGAAGAGGGAGAGACGGUGAUGAUGUCAAAGAUGUUGGGAGAGGAGAAGUUGUGAUUGCAAGAUGGUCGGAUAUCAAAGAGCAUGUUGAGAGGGGAGAAAUGGAAUUGGUCUGAAUAAAAGGUGCACUAAUGAGAAACGCCGUGUACUUCGGUCCUCGCCACCAUUUAUAACGAUGAACGACAAUGCCGCCAAUAAUGACGCUUCUGAUUCGACCCACCUAUUCGGAACCUCUCUUGCUUGGCGACUCAUAUACCUUUUUGUGUCACCGAGAGGCGGUUUCUACCAAGCAAUACCAUGGCUGGGGCUAUCGUAGGAAUUUAGUCCUGCCGCGAAUUUCCACACCCUAUGAAAAGGCAAUAGGGUAUUACCUGGGUAUUCGUCAUUUUUUACCAGUAAGGACAAAAGAAUAUCAGAAAGAUUCGAGGAAGAAAGGCAUUUAGCACCUUUCCUAAAAUCACCUCACUCGGCAAAUUUGCUGUUCCAUCUCGAGGGGUAUUUAGAGGACCUACUCGACCUAGAGCGAGGGUUUCUGAAUUCGUUCCUUUCUACGAUAUGAGGUAGGCAUAUAAAAGCGGAUUUUUGGGUAUAGAGACUUCAAUAAAAAUUAGAAGUACUCGAUAAUGAGAGUUCUGGUUCACAU